AUGAUGCUGAUGUGGAACGGUGCGAGGGACCUAGUGUUAGAUUCGGACGACAUUCCGUUUGGGACGGGCUCGUGGUUUCUCUACGCCGGAGUGUCGUGCCUGCUGGUCCUCUUCGCCGGGAUCAUGUCCGGGCUCACCUUGGGCUUGAUGUCUCUCAAUCUCGUCGACCUCGAGAUCCUGCAGCGGAGCGGGAGCCCCACCGAGAAGAAGCAAGCUGCUAAGAUAUUACCUGUUGUGCAAAAGCAGCACCAGCUUUUGGUCACUUUGCUUCUCUGCAAUGCUUGUGCCAUGGAGGCGCUUCCUUUGUACCUUGAUAAAAUCUUUCACCCCUUUGUUGCUGUUGUGCUGUCUGUAACAUUUGUUCUAUUAUUUGGAGAGAUUAUCCCACAAUCAAUAUGCUCAAGAUAUGGACUUUCUGUUGGUGCCAAUUUUGUUUGGCUUGUUCGCAUUUUGAUGUGCAUCUGUUAUCCAAUUGCGUACCCAAUUGCCAAGGUUCUGGAUGCUGUACUUGGUCAUAGUGAUGAUUUGUUUAGGCGAGCACAGUUGAAAGCCCUAGUCUCUAUUCACGGCAAAGAGGCUGGUAAGGGAGGUGAACUCACGCAUGAUGAGACAACAAUCAUCAGUGGAGCGCUAGAUUUAACUGAAAAGACUGCAGAGGAGGCUAUGACACCUAUUGAAUCAACUUUUUCCUUGGAUGUAAAUUCAAAUUUAGACUGGGAAGCAAUUGGGAAAAUUCUUGCACGAGGUCAUAGUCGAGUUCCUGUCUAUUAUGGAAAUCCAAGAAACAUUAUUGGCCUCCUACUGGUGAAAAAUCUUCUCACAGUACGAGCAGAAACGGAGACUCCAGUCAGUGCCGUUUCCAUUCGAAGAAUUCCCAGGGUUCCUGCAGAUAUGCCUCUGUAUGAUAUACUUAAUGAGUUUCAAAAAGGAAGCAGUCACCUGGCUGCUGUAGUGAAAACCAAAGGAAAGAACAAGAACCUUUUGCCAACUGCUGACAAAGAGAAAUUCGAAGAGAAUAAACUGUCCCAUGAAAAAUCUCAAUUAGUUGCCUCCUUGCUAAGCAAGCAUGAUGACAAAUCAGGGAGUGUUGUUGUCAACAUCGAUAAAUCUCCAAAGUCUCUGACAAACAAGCCAACUGAGGAUAUUGAAGAUGGGGAUGUCAUUGGAAUCAUCACCCUGGAGGAUGUUUUUGAAGAACUUCUUCAAGAGGAGAUUGUAGAUGAAACAGAUGUAUAUAUCGAUGUACAUAGGAGGAUACGUGUGGCUGCUGUGGCAGCUGCUUCAUCCAUGGCACGAGGUCCAUCAAGUCGGAAGUUGCUUGCAGGACUAACUGAGCAUGGACAAACCCCAAAGAAGUCCGCAGAAGAUGAUGCACAUUCAGUGAGGUAUUCAGGGAAUCCUCGGGAGCCUCUUCUAGGCAACAAGAGAUGA